AUGUCCAUGCUCGACAGUGCUCAUUGGUGUCCACCAUGCGCCGGUUUUACACCAAAAUUGGCUGCAGCAUAUAAGCAAGCAACAGCAGAUACAUCAUUUGAUAUUGUUUUUGUAUCAAGUGAUGAAGAUCAAUCAUCAUUCGAUGAAUAUUACAAGGAAAUGCCAUGGAAAGCUAUACCGUUUGAAGAUCGUAAUCUAGCUGAAAAAUUGGGAGAAAAAUAUGAGAUAGAAGGUAUUCCAUCGCUAAUCAUUUUAAAACCGAAUGGUACAAUUCUCACAACAGAUGGUGUAGCUGAAUUAACACUAAAAGGUAGUGAUGCUAUUGGUAAAUGGGCAAAAGGUCAAUCCAUUUUUUGGUCACGUGCUGCUCAACCUAGUGAAUAUACAUGGGAAGAUAUUGCAUGUGAAAAUUGUAAUAUGAAACCGAUUAUUGGUGAUCGAUAUGUAUGCGUUUCACAAUGUGAAAAUUAUGACAUAUGUCAUGACUGUAAACAAAAAACAGUACAUGAACAUGAUUUGAUCAAAUAUUUGAUACCGUCAGAGAAAUAUUCUUUAAAAGAAUUAUUGAGUGGUGAUGGUAAUGAUCAAAUAUUGUUAUUAGAUAAAAACAAUCAAAAAGUGACAUUAGACUCGUUGAAAAAUAAAUAUUUGGGUUUGUAUUUUUCUGCUCAUUGGUGUCCACCUUGCCGUUAUUUUACACCUGAAUUGACCAAACUGUACAAUGAAGCUAUUGAUGCAAAUUUGGCAUUUGACAUUAUUUUUGUGUCUAGUGAUGAGGAUAAAGAAUCUUUUGAAAAUUAUUUCAAUGAAAUGCCAUGGAAAGCACUGCCCUAUGAAAAUCGUACUAUUAAAAAUCGUUUGGCAGCUUAUUACAACAUAGAAGGCAUUCCAUCUUUGAUUAUUAUAAAACCAUCAGGUGAAACAUUGACAAAAAAGGGUCGACGUGAUAUUGGACGAAGUAAAUUGAGAGCGAUUGAAGCGUGGUCACAUGGUGAAUCGGUAAAACAUGAACCAAUAAAACCAGAAGAACAUAAUUGGGGUACCGUUACCUGUGAUGGAUGUAAAAUGGAUCCGUUAAUAGGACUGAGAUAUUAUUGUAGUACAUGUGGUAAUUAUGAUUUGUGUCAAUCAUGCAAAGACAAAGGACAUGAACAUGAAUUAAAAUUGAUCGACAUACCAGAAGAUGAUGAUGAUGAUGAAUAA